AUGGCUCAAACGCCACCGCCCGCUGCUAAACAAGCAGCAACACACAAUGUAGACAGCGCCUCUAGCCGAGAAAAGUCAUCCAAGGGGUUGACAGUGACAUUCAAAGAUGUUUCGGUAGAAGUUCACGGUUUGGGCGAAGACUACGGGUCGACAUGCUUGUCUGUACUUGCCGACCUUGUCCCGUCAUUUGGAUCGAACCCAAAGCCUGUCAGGCAUAUACUCAAGGACGUCACUGGUCAAGUCCGCCCAGGCGAGAUGCUCCUUGUUCUGGGAAGACCAGGUUCUGGGUGUACCUCACUUUUGAAAGUCAUUUCCAACAUGCGCGAAGAGUUUCACCAAGUGACAGGACAAGUGCACUAUGGGAAUGCCAAUGCCAAUGAAGCCAAGAAAUUCCGCCAUCAAAUAACAAUGAAUACUGAAGAUGAUGUCCAUUUCCCGACUCUUAAAGUCUCUGAAACCAUGGACUUUGCCACCUCUGCCAAAGCCCCAAAGUCGCAGCUAGGCAUAACCACAGACGCUAAAUCUUACGUUAAGAAGCAAACGAAGAGUAUCUUGUCAUCUCUUGGAAUAAGUCACACAGCCGAAACAGUCGUGGGUGACGAGUACAUCCGGGGUGUCUCUGGCGGAGAGAGAAAACGAGUCUCGUUGGCAGAGGUUAUGGCAACCGAGGCAACAGUACAAUGUUGGGACAACUCGACUCGUGGGCUCGAUGCUAGCAAUGCUCUGGAUUUUGCCAAGGUUCUACGCCGUACAGCAGAUGAACAGGGUAGGACAAUAGUUGCAACGCUGUAUCAGGCUGGGAAUGGCAUUUUCUCCCAGUUUGACAAAGUUCUGGUUCUUGUUGAAGGAAGAGAGAUCUACUACGGACCUGCAUCCACGGCCAAGCGAUACUUCGAGGACAUUGGCUUUCGCUGCUCUCCCGGGGCAAACGUUGCUGAUUUCUUGACUUCUGUUGCGGUGCCGACCGAAAGGGAAAUCAUACCUGGUUAUGAGAACGAGGUACCAACGACGCCCCACGAGUUUCAGCAAGUCUAUCGAGCGAGCUCAAUGUUCACACGAAUGAUGCACGAGAUAGACUCGGAAAGCGAUGUUCGACUAGCUGAACAGAUUGAGAGCCUCGAGAGCGCUAGAAGGCAACAUAAAAAUAGGAGUGUUCCUCUGCUAUCACGAGAGAACAGUCCGUACCAGGUGUCUUUCGUCAAGCAAGUGUCAGCCUGUACUACAAGACAAUUCCAGGUCAUAUGGGGCGAUCGCUGGUCAAAUUCACUGAAACUCGGUUCUGCAUUGAUCAUUGCCAUUGUUGCCGGCAGCUUGUUCUACGAUUUGCCAGAUACGACAGCAUCGAUAUUCUCACGCGCAGGUGCUCUGUUCUGGCCCAUGAUGCAUUUCGGUCUCGUUUCCAUGUCUGAAACUACUGCUUCAUUCUCUGGGCGGCCAAUCAUAUCCCGCCACAAACGUCUCGCUUUCACUCGCCCAGCUGCGCAAGCCAUUGCUUGCACAAUCACCGACAUACCAAUGGUUGUAACCCUCUUCAGUAUAUACGAGAUCGUUUACUACUUCAUGGUGGGAUUCCAACAGGAUGCUGGCAAAUUCUUCACUCAGUGGAUGGUAGGAGCAUGGUGCAAACACUUUGGGUUCGCAGCUCAGAUUACCGGCUUUUCCACCAUGGUAAUGAUGGUCUACGCAGGUUGGCUAAUACCAGUUCCCGAAAUGCACCCAUGGUUCCAGUGGAUCAGUUAUAUCAAUCCGGUUACAUACGCAUUCAGUGCGGCUAUGGGAAGCGAAGUGAGCACUCUGGUGAUGGAUUGUGUCGAGCCUCAGUAUGUCCCGUUCGGAGAUGCCUACAAUGGGAGUGCCUACCGCAGUUGCACGCUGGCGGGGUCCACUUCAGGCUCUUCAACAGUUCUUGGAAAGGAUUAUCUGCAACAGCAAUAUGGUGAUUCAACACAGCACGUUUGGAGGAAUAUCGGAAUUGUGAUUGCUUUCUGGAUAUUCUUCGCACUAUCUUGCGCGAUUGGAUUCGAGGUCAACCUGCAUUCCGACGCUGGAUCGCAGGUUCUGUUCGAUAAAAGAAGCCGACAGCGUGAGUUGUUAGCUGAGCAGGACGCUGAGAAGGGCCUUACCCCUGACUCGACGUCCAUGAGUUCGAACGAUAUGCCGGAAACUUCAAUCAGUUCAGGCAAAACUAUCUUCACAUUUCGGGACAUUAACUACUAUGUACAUGUUUCUGGAAAAGAGAAGCAGCUCUUGGACGACGUCUCCGGAUAUGUCACUCCAGGGAGGCUUGUAGCUCUGAUGGGAAGCUCAGGUGCCGGCAAAACCACGCUGAUGGAUGUUCUUGCACAGCGAAAGGAUUAUGGAAGACUUACAGGCAGCAUUACUGUGAACGGCGAACCUCAAGGCAUCAGCUUUCAACGAACGACAGGUUACUGUGAGCAAAAUGAUGUGCACGAGCCAACAGCAACCGUCAAGGAGGCCCUGUUGUUCUCUGCAAGACUACGCCAGAAGCACGAUAUUCCAGAUGAGGACAAAGUAGCGUAUGUGGAGCGCAUCAUGGAUUUGCUGGACUUGACCCCCCUCCAGCAUGCGAUUAUUGGCUCUCCUGGAUCCGGUCUCUCUAUCGAACAGCGAAAGAGACUGACUAUUGCCGCUGAAUUGGUGGCAAAACCAUCUCUUCUUUUCCUGGACGAGCCAACCUCUGGUCUAGACGGCCAGUCUGCAUUCGAAAUUUGCAGGUACAUGCGUAAGCUUGCGGCGGCUGGCCAGACAAUCAUUGCUACUAUCCACCAACCGUCUGCCGCAUUGUUCGAGGCCUUUGAUGAGCUUCUCCUCCUGACCAAGGGUGGCAAAACCACGUAUUUCGGCCCUACAGGGAAGGAUUCCUCGAUUGUGUUGGACUACUUCAACCAAAGAGGUGCUCCUUGUCCACAUGAUGCUAAUCCGGCUGAGCACAUCGUCGAUGUCGUGCAAGGGCGGUUGAACCCCGAUACGGAUUGGGCCAGACAGUGGACUGAAUCCUCUCAACGACAGCUCAUGAUGACCGAACUCGAGAGGCUCCAGAAAGACCGCAGCAACAAACAAUCCAUGGACACAGACAAACUCAAAAGCUUUGCCUCACCUCUUUCCUACCAGCUUGUUCUUGUCACUAAACGGCAAAUCGUAUCACUCUGGCGGAACCCCGACUACGUGUGGAACAAGAUAAUCCUCCAUAUCACUAGUGCACUUUUUGGAGGAUUCACAUUCUGGAUGAUUGGCGACGGUACUUUCGACCUGCAACUACGCCUGAUGUCUGUUUUCAACUUUGUGUUCGUGGCUCCGGGGUGCAUCAACCAGCUGCAACCUUUGUUUAUUCGCAACAGAGAUAUCUUUGAUACUCGCGAGAAAAAGUCCAAGACUUACAGCUGGCUAACCUUCAUAUCGGCACAGCUCAUAUCUGAGAUUCCUGUUUUGAUACUUUGCGCGACUAUUUAUUUCGUCAGUUGGUACUUCACUUGCGGGUUCCCAGUAGCAGCCAGCAGCUCCGGCCAGGUUUAUCUUGAGAUGAUACUUUACGAGUUCCUCUAUACUUCUAUUGGACAGGCUAUCGCGGCGUAUAGCCCCAAUGAGUAUUUCGCAGCUCUGGUGAACCCGAUCGCGCUCGGCUGCGGACUCAUAUUAUUCUGCGGCGUCAUUGUUCCUUAUUCCCAGAUUCAUGCUUUUUGGCGCUAUUGGUUGUACUACUUGGAUCCUUUCACCUAUUUGAUCGGGGCCCUCCUGACUCCUGUGGCCUGGGAUGCCACUGUACAGUGCUUGGACAGUGAGCUGACUUACAUUCCACUACCCACAAACACGACUUGCGGCGAAUAUAUGAGCGAUUUCCUGGCCAAGAAUGCAGGAUACUUGGUCGAUGCCGCCAGUUCCACGUCGUGUGCGUAUUGCGAAUAUAGCACUGGCGCUGAUUACCUGAAAACGAUGAACAUCAACGCCAAGUAUUAUGGUUGGCGAGACGUUGGCGUCACUGCUUUAUUCUGUCUCUCAUCAUAUGCCUUGGUCUUCUUGAUGAUGAAACUUCGAAGCAAGGCUACCAAGACUACUUCCUAG